GGAUACAUCAUGCAAAUAAUAUUUUCUGUGAGGCAGCUAGACGUGAAAGUACAUCGAGAAAUAAAGGGGCCAGAAGGGAAUUAAGGCUCUAAGAGUUGGACGCAAGGGCUAAAUAUUUAAUAAUCUGCUUUUGACUCGAAAUGCAUGCGUAGAACGGGCUUUAUGUCCAGGUCUGAGUUUUAGAUCUAGCCCAACCGAAUUCAUCUUCAAUACAGGCUCUUACGCUAACGGUCAGGGGCAAGUAACUGCCGCUAGUCAUCGACUUGUCAACAGAGUUGAAGUGGUGACAUUUUUCUGCUCGUUGAGCCGAACGGUUGUAGGUCAAUUUUGUGGUGCAUUUGUGUUAAAAGAGCUUUGAUUUUCAUUAUUUUGCAAUAAUGUAUUACAGCCGACUAGCAUUACUCCGUCGACAGUGUGAAUUCAAUUGGAUUCAAUGCAUCUAGUCUAUGUUUAAUAAUAAUAGUCUAGUCUAUCAAAUGUAGUCGAGAAUAGUUGGUCAAUGAUUCCUAAGUAAAGUGGACUAAAUUUUAAGAGUUACAAUCAUGUCUGGAGAAACUGAUGACAAGGAAGACAACACUAGUGUUCGUGUUGCUAUUAGAAUUCGUCCUCAAAAUGGCCGAGAGAAAAUCGAUAUGUGUCAAACGGUGACCUCGGUCACCGAGCACCAGGUACUUUUAGGCAAGGACAAGGCCUUCACAUUCGACUAUGUGUACGACACGCCCACACAACAAGAGAGCAUUUACAACACGUGUGUCAGAGGUCUGAUUGAAGGGUGUUUCGAAGGGUAUAAUGCCACAGUUUUCGCAUAUGGCCAGACUGGUUCUGGCAAGACAUACACCAUGGGUACAGGCUUUGAGGCACCUGUUGUAUCUUCAGUCACUGAUGAAAUCGGCAUUGUUCCAAGAGCAGUGGAUCACCUGUUCCUUGGCAUUGAAGAGCGGCGGAGACAGGCUUUUGAGAAUGGAGAGGCAGCACCAGACUUUAAAGUCACUGUGCAGUUUAUGGAGUUAUACAAUGAGGAAAUUAUAGACCUGCUGGACACUACCAGAGACCCAGAGUCUAGAGGGCAUAAAUCUCACAACAGAAUCCAUGAGGAUGCAAGUGGUGGAAUUUAUGUUGUUGGUGUAACAACCAGACCAGUAUCUUCAUUAGAAGAGACUCUUCAGUGUUUAAAGUCUGGUGCACUCUCUCGAUCCACUGCUUCUACAAACAUGAAUGUCUCCUCCUCCAGAUCUCAUGCAAUAUUCUCCCUACACAUCAGACAACACAGGCUGGUCAAGGAGGAGAUUCCAUUAGAAGAUGGUAAAGAGACGGAUUCAACCCAAGCAGAGUUUGAAACACUCACUGCCAAGUUCCAUUUUGUUGAUCUGGCUGGUUCAGAAAGACUCAAGCGAACUGGUGCCACUGGAGACAGAGCCAAGGAGGGAAUCUCAAUUAAUUGUGGGCUGCUAGCGCUAGGCAAUGUGAUCUCAGCUUUAGGGGACAAGACAAAGAAAGGCUGCCAUGUACCAUACAGAGAUUCUAAGCUUACUCGGCUGCUGCAAGAUUCUCUAGGUGGCAACAGUCGAACACUUAUGAUAGCAUGCAUAUCUCCAUCUGAUCGUGAUUUCAUGGAAACACUAAACACAUUAAAAUAUGCCAACCGGGCACGCAAUAUCAAGAACAAGGUGAUGGCCAACCAGGACAAGGCCAGUAAACAGUUGGCCAUGCUGAGGUCAGAGAUCAUGGCCCUACAACAGGAACUGAUGGAGUACAAAACAGGCAAAAGAACUAUUGAUGCUGAUGGUUUGGAGUCUGUGAAUGACAUGGUGACAGAGAACAGCAUGCUGCAAUCAGAGAAUGACAAGUUGCGUCAGAGAAUCAAAGCCUUGCAAGAAACUGUUGAUUCCUUGAAUGCAAAGAAUAUCCAGCUGCUAUCUGAAGCUGCCUUGUUCUCUGUUCUUGGGGCUGAUGGGCAAGCUUCUAAUGAAGAUGUCUCAAAUCUAAUCAAAAAGUACAUACAAGAAAUUGAAGAACUCAAAGUUAAAUUGGCAGAAUCUGAGUUUCUAUGUGAGCAGCUAAGAAAGGUCUCCAUGCGUAAUCCCAGUUCACCUGUGUCCAGGAUGUCUAUGUCAACCUCAAUGUCUGGGUCCCUAUCAAUGUCAGCUUCAAUGUCGAUGUCCACAUCUUCCUUCGCUGGAGGCUUUGAAGGUCCUGCCUCCCCAGAGUACACACCAGAGCAUUCCAUCCUACACAAAGCCAAGAAAGACGUGAAGAGGCUGAAGAAACUGCACAAGUCUUUGAGUCAUGAUGCCAUCAAAGAUCAUUCCUCUUGUAACGGUGGACAGACUGGAGAUGAUGGAGGUGAAGAUGAACAGGCAACUAGUCAGGAGAAAUCUGAAGAUGAACAGAAUGAGGAGAAUGGUGCUGAUCUGGAAGAACAAGACAUCUCGGAUGAAUCUGACACAUCAGAAACUGACUCCUCCUCAGACCUGGAGUCUGAAGUGUAUGAUUACUGGGUCAACUACUGUGACAUCUCAGAGCUGGACAAUGUCCAUGAAGAUCUGGCCAAACUGACCUGUGACAUCACUAUCAAAAAAAAAUUAAUCGAUGAACUGGAACAGACCCAGAAAAAAAUGAACUCCUUGAAGGUCCACUAUGAAAGUAAAGUCCAGCAGCUGACCUUAAAGAUCAAAGAGACAGAGAUGGAGAGAGAUAAAGUCUUGGCCAACAUUGACAAAGUCAGUCAGCCAUCAGCAGAGACCAGCAAGAAAGUGAAAUUAGAGUAUGAGAAGAAGCUGAACCAGCUGCAGGAAGAACUGAGGAAGAUGCAAGCGGAACAGAAAAAACAUGCCAGGGUACAGAAGAACAGUUCACAUUAUGAGCAGCAAAUGAAGACCUUGCAACAUGAGCUGUCUGAAAUGAAGAAAACAAAGGUGAAGCUAAUCAAACAGGUGAAAGAGGAGGUAGACAAAAACAAACAUAAUGAGGCCAGGCGUAGCAAGGAAGUCAGUCAGUUGAAAAAAGAACAACUCAGGAAAGACAACAUCAUCAAACACUUAGAGAGACAGACAAUACAGAAAGAUGCUGUGUUGAAACGAAAACAAGAGGAGGUUGAAGCUCUGAGGAAACGACAGAAGCCUAUGUCAUUAAAAGCAGCUGGUAGAGUUGGAAAGUAUGACAAACCAAAUACGAUACCAAUAGCGCCUGUACCAUCAUCUCCAACCAGAAGGAAAUGGAGGUCUAAGUUCCAGCCUAAAGUUGCCAAACAAAAGUGGGAUUCUCUUGAGAGAAAUGUGAUGUCAGUUAUAACAAAGAGGCAAACCAUCACAAUGUUGGAGAGAGACAUGGACAUCUGGCUAAAGCAAAGAGAAAAAUGUACCAAAGAAAUAGAGAAAUAUGAAAGACGAAAGAAAGAUGCUUUGGCCAAUAACCAGCCAGAGGAAGUCAUACGUAAGCUGAGCAAAGUGAUUGAUGACAUCUCUUUUAAAGUGGAACAUGCUCAGGAAAACAUUAAUGAGUGUCAGUCAAAUAUUAUGCAAAUGGAGGAGUCAAAGGAGGAUGGUGACAGUAAUGUAGAGGUCAGUGCUCUGAUAGAGUCGAUGUCACUGGAAGAAGCCAAGUAUGUUAUUGAGAAAUUUUACCACAGGGCUUUGGAUAAGGGAUUGGUCAUUGCCCAGAGAGAGUCUGAACUGAGAGAACUCCAGGGCAGACUGCAUCAAACUGAACUCAACAAUGCCCUUCAGCAGGAUUUGCUGCGACACAUGAUGGAUGACCAUGUGAACAUUGAAGUGGACAAUUUGAUGACAGAGAAUGACCCAGAUGAUAUGGAGUCUACAUCAAGUUCAUCGUCUUCUUCUCCUGCUGAAAGCAUGCUAGAUUCCGCAGUUGUAUUUCCUGCGUCAAGGAUAUUGCCAACAAGUGAAUCUCUGGCCCGGCGGGAAAAGUUGUUCCUGAGACUGUCACUUCCGGCUAGAAGGAAGACAACUACGCCACAGGAGCUACUCUAUGUCAGCAGCGGUGAUACUGGGCAUGGGUUGUUGCCUUUGCUAGAGUCUCCCUAUGAGAACAAGGAUGUGAACGUCUUUGCCACUAUUAACCUCAACCAUGUUCCCCCCACUGUGGAUGUUUCUGAGGUUGUAGGGGAUGGUGGAGACAUGAGCCCCAUGUCACCAGAUGCAGCCAACAGCACAGAAGAUGAGAUGGAGGAAAGGCUAUUGGCACCCCCGCCACGCAUGCUGGCCAAACCAAAAUCAGUUCUCCCAAGACCAUCACCAGUACUUCGUCGUAAAGAAGUGGAGUCAUCCCCCAUUUUAUCUAGGAGAGCUUUGAGUAGAUCUAGCUCCAUGGGUGACACUUCCUCAGACACUACACCUCCUGCCUCUCCCACAAUGGCUCGACGCAUGAUGUCUAGGAGCACUGAUGAGAAUGUCUUCUCCAGAUUAACCAGUAACAGUGGAGGUGGUACCUCAGCCAAUCCUGACAGGGGCAACAUUGUACCUUCAUCAUCAUCAUCUAGUCGCUCAGUGGGUCCAGGCAAGGCAAUGCUGACCUGUACACAUACAGCUGAAGGCCACACUAAAGCUGUCCUUUCUGUCUUUGCUACUGACCAUCUUUUGUUUACAGGAAGCAAAGAUCGUACUGCCAAGACAUGGGAUCUAGGAACUGGGAAGGAGCUCAUCUCAUUUCCAGGUCACCCAAACAAUGUCCUAAAAGUGUGCUUCUGUCCCAGGACCCAGCUAGUGUUCACUAUAUCUCAGUCAGCUAUCAGGGUCUGGGACAUGCGACGAGGUGCUGAUGCUUGUAUCAAGACAUUAAGUUCCUCUGGUCUCACCACCAAUGGUCUAGCUACAUUUUCAACUGGCAGAUUGACCACAGACUCAACGUAUCGUGAGCAUCAAAUUAAUGACAUGAAGCUAACUGCAGAUGGAAACACAAUUUUUUGUGGUGCAGGAAACGUAGUACAGAUCUGGGAUCUACGCAGGUAUAGUCAAUGUGGUAGACUCAGUGGUCAUCAAGCUCCUGUUAUGUCCUUGGCAUUGCAUAAAGACAGUGGCCAUACUAUGGUCAUUUCUGGCUCUAAGGAUCAUUAUAUUAAGAUUUUCGAAGUUAUUGAAGAUGCUGCAGGAGUGUUAAACCCCAAGUACAAUCUAGAGCCUCCACAUUAUGAUGGAAUUCAGAGUCUGGCCAUUGAUGGCAGCACAUUGUUUAGUGGCUCUAGAGACAUGUGUAUCAAGAAGUGGGACCUGAACACUAAACAGCUGAAACAAUCUAUUAAUGCUGCCCACAAGGACUGGGUAUGUGCCUUAGACUUUGUCCCUGGCACCAACUUACUACUCAGUGGGUGCCGUGGAGGCCUCCUGAAGAUGUGGCAACCAGAGACCUGUGCUAAUCUAGGGGAAAUAAAAGCACAUGCCUCUCCCAUCAAUGCCAUAGCCACAAACUCAAGUGCAAUCUUUACUGCUUCCAAUGAUUGUGUUGGAAUAUGGCGACCUCGCUCAUCUCUAGAUCUCACUGACACUUCAGACACAAACGACGAUUCAACGACUGUCUCAGCUUGACUUACGGACCAGUCUGGCCAUGGUGAAACACAGCUCCAAGCUGAACAGUGGCCAGAUUUUAUUCUGUGUGUUCUUUCAGUUUACAUUGUUUUCUACUUUAUUUUCAUGUCUAGCUACAACUGAACCUCACGUUACUUAAUAAGCUUCUAAUUUUGUUGUAUUUAUGUUUUUGUCUUCCAUUUGAAGCAUUCCUUUCCACCAGAGUAAUAUUGAGUCAUGAAAGAAAUUUCUUAUAUAAAUAAUCUUACAUUGUCCAUAUGAGUCUAAAUUUGUUAUACUGAGUAAAUUCUGUGCAGCUAAAAGGAUUGAUGAUCUCCUAAGAAUAAAAUUAUAUAGCACUAUUCUUUGGGGACAAAAAAUAGCCUAUAUUUAUAUUCCGUACAUUUCUUUUUAAAUAAUGCAAAUACAAAAUCAUGAAUGUUUCCAUAUUGUUUAUACUUUCAUGAGCACCCCAUGGUUAUUACUAAGGUCUACACAAUUAUCUUUUGAAUUUAUAGCAUAAGAAUGAGAUAUUAAGAGACUAAAUUGAUUUAAAUCAUAUCUUAAUAAAAUCUCUUGAGAUUAUUCAUAUUAUAUUUCAUAUAAAUAUAUAAGCAUUGAACCCCUGACCUCAGUGUGUGAGAAAUAAAAUGUUGCAGUCAGUAGCUUGUGCUUUGUUUAGGUGUCAAGUUGUCUACAAGGAACACACCUGUGAUUGACCACAUCAUACCUCAUCAUUAUCCUGUUUCAUUGCCCUUUCGUUUGACCCAGACACCAUGUGGUAGUCCUAGCACCUGAAUCCAUAUCUUUUUUUAUUUUCUGUAAUCAACAAUGUGCAAUUAUUUGAAUUAUAAAAAAAAAAAAUCUUUGUAGUUUGUUGCGGCUUUGUCUAAAAAAUGUUUGAUUUUCUUUUUGAAAAAUUGAGAGAAAAAAAAUGAUAUUAUCAGCAGACAACUUUGUGUUUUAACUAAUGUAAAUAACACUUGCUCAUCAAGUCUGUACUCAUCUUUGUUGACAACAUAUCACAUCUUCUCAUUUCUUUGUUUCUGGCAUUUUACUGAUUCCGCUAGCUGUUAACCUUUCUCUAUAUUUGCACUGUGAUAUUUUUUAUUUGAAGUGUUUUUAAAAAGAAAGAAAUUUAUAUUUAUGUAUAAAUAUUUCUUAUUUUACUUGUGGUCUCACAUUUUUUUGAAAAUCUGGACACUAUAUUCCAGUCAUGCAUAUUGCGUCUUCAUGUACAACAAACAAACAAAAAAAAACGAAAGAACUGUUGAAAAAGAAUUGUUACAUGUAUUCAUUAACAGAUAAUACCAGACAUAAUUUUUUUUAUAAAGCUUAAUAAAGCUUUUCUAUUUGUUUUGUACGUGUGUUAUUAGAUCCUUUAAAAAAUGUGUGUUAUUAGAUCCUUUAAAAAACGCAAACACUGUGAAUUUACCAAACAAACCUUUACAUUAUAUCUUGUUAAGAAAUUUUUUAUUUGCAAAACUUUACUGACAAGACAUAUAAAUAAUUAUUUCACCUCUACCAAAGUGUCCAUUGUUUUUUCACCAAAAUUUCUUGAACCACUGACUCAACAGAAUUUGAUAAAAAUAAAAUAAUCAAAAACUUUACCCCUUUUUUUUAUUUUUUAAAUCUGGUUGUACACAUUUUCAUUUCUUGUGAAUUUUGUUCCACUUUUCCUGAGUAGUUCUUGAGUUCCGCUGUAUUUCGUGUAUCAUCUCUGACAAGUAAUCAAGAUCAGUAUAUUUCCUUGUCUGUCUUAGCAAAUAUUUAUAAUGUUUAUUUAUUACUAGUGCUGAAUAAUAAAAGUGCCUAGUUGGAAAUGUACAGCAAGUUUAGAGAUGUCAUUUUAUUUUUUUUAGUUAGUAAGUAGUAGUUAUUUUAAUGUGUAUUUCAGUAAGAAUUGUCAUGACAUGGCAUUUUAGCUUUUUAUGGUAAAUCAUGAACAUGUGUAUCUUCAACAUAUUAAGCCAACAAUUCGUAGUCUAAAAUAAUUAAUGCAUUAAUUAAUAAUAUUCAACUUCUUGUAAUUUUUUUAAAAGACCAAUUGUCCGUGCGUCUUGUCUUAUUCUUCAUGAAUUUCUGUUCAAAAUACAAACCAACAAUCAGGAUGUCAAGUUUCUUGUUGAAGUGAUAGACAAACAUUCCACCAUUUACUCAUCUUGUUAGCAACCUCAUUUCUCUUAUUUAUACAUCAUAUGUUAUAUUUAUUAAUAACUUUGUCCUUUAUUGUUCCAUGAAUAUGUUAAAAUGAUAUACAGAUUAUACUCUUUAUUACUGAAGUAGAAAUAUUCCAGUGAUAAUGUAGAAGUAUGUGGACGCAUGAUUGUGUGUGUAGAAAUAAAAUAAUUUGGAGUGUUUUACUGUCAAAUUUAUUUCGUCACUUCAUCAGCAGAUGUAGUUUUCUUUCGAGGCCUAGAUUUCUAGGUGCAGAUAAUGUAAUAUGUCCCAGUCCAGCAGUUAAAUUCCAUUGUAAUUUGUUCAGAUGCUAAGUAGUGUGUUUUGCUCAGCAAGAAAGAGAGGAGAAAAAAGUCUUAUGAUUUGAGAUAGCUGUGUACCAGAAAUGUCUACAGCCCUGACUGGUUAGCUUCUUUUUAACAAUGUAUUACCUCAGAAGGUCAUUUCUUUCCAAAAGGUUUGAUCUUGUAAAACAAUGAUGAGCGGGUCAUAAAACAUAUUUGUAUUUCCUUCUUUGUUUGUUAGUUGUUUUACAUGUUGGAAUUUUGCAGAUAGAAUAAAGAUUUUUUUUUUUGUUCAACUAGUUCUUAACUAAUUCAGCCUGGAUAUGUCCAUUAUGUAGGAGCCCUUUGUCUUGAUGGAUAUAUUGUAAUACAUAGGAGCCCUUUAUCUUGAUGGAUAUAUCCAUUACAUAGGAGCCCUUUGUCUUGAUGGAUAUGUCCAUUUCAUAGGAGCCCUUUGUCUUGAUGGAUAUAUUGUAAUACAUAGGAGCCCUUUAUCUUGAUGGAUAUAUCCAUUACAUAGGAGCCCUUUGUCUUGAUGGAUAUGUCCAUUUCAUAGGAGCCCUUUGUCUUGAUGGAUAUGUCCAUUACAUAGGAGCCCUUUGUCUUGAUGGAUAUAUCCAUUACAUAGGAGCCCUUUGUCUUGAUGGAUAUAUCCAUUACAUAGGAGCCCUUUGUCUUGAUGGAUAUGUCCAUUACAUAGGAGCCCUUUGUCUUGAUGGAUAUGUCCAUUACAUAGGAGCCCUUUGUCUUGAUGGAUAUAUCCAUUACAUAGGAGCCCUUUGUCUUGAUGGAUAUAUCCAUUACAUAGGAUCCCUUUGCCUUGAUGGAUAUAUUGUAAUACAUUACAUACAGGACUGAAUUUUCUCUCUGACUAGUAAUUAAAAUGUGUAAGAUUUCAAUGAAUUUCUUUAGUCUACUUUGUAAACAAUCACUCCUGUAUCAGCUCUUUUUUGUCAUUUUAAUUUCUGCAAUUAAGAUGUUAUCUGUUGUCUUAUAAUGUGAUUUAAAACAUAACUUGAAGAUCUGUAAUUUUUUUUGGCAAAUAUACCAUAGUUAAAGAUCAGAAUUUGUGUAGAAAAAAAAAUACAUUGUAGAUUCCAGACCAUGGUUCUGAACACAGGCAGACAACAAAAUGCCUUACAUAUGGAUUUAGGUUCACCAAAUGUUUAUAUGAAGACAGAAUACCAAAGUUUCGUUUUAAAUAAAAUUAAAAUAUUUUAAAUUAAAAUUUUAGAUAUAUGAGCUGCCAAAUCUGCCGUGUUGUUGUUUUUUAACUCUUGGACAUUGUGUAGCCUAUUAUGUUGUUGUUUGAUAAAUAAAUUGUAUCGUCAUUUACACUGUCCAGUUCAGAUAGAUCUGUGUGUAGACAUCAUAGUCUUCAUGAAAUUAGAUGUAUGUUCUACAAGUAUGAAUACAUUUUUUAUCUAGUUUAAUUUUCAGUUAGUUUUGAUGUAAGGGAGAACAUUUGAAAACUUAAAUCCUUGUGAAAUCAAAUCAGCCAGCCUGUAGUGUAUAAAUGACAAGACUGUUUUAUAUUGAUUUUUUCACAACCUUUUUUUCUCUUUUACCUAUGUUUGACCGAUGACCCUCUUUGUUUUUGACUAUAUGAUUAUUGUAUAUUUAUUUGUCCAAGACUUAUGUAUUAGGGUGUGGACUACAUUGAUAAGGCAUUAUCACUACCAACAAUACAGUGUUUUUCUCUCUAAACUAUAUGUUUCAAUGUUGCUGACUAGAGUCACUUUCAUUUCUACACCAAAAUAAACUUUGUCAAUAACAAUAAAUCAUUCAUAUUUUUCACAAUUGAAAA